GAAAUCAAUAGGCGUCUCACCUGUUGUCGUUGUUCCGCGAUGAAAGGCUUCUAAGCGGUCACCCGCGGAUACCGCGUACCGGUGGUAUGAUUACGUGUGCUCAUCGCUCGCAGGUCGUUCGGGAGGCCCUCUUGUGAUGGAUCAUCAAGCGUUUCCGAAUUUUGAAGGCACAUCUCGGAGGAACGAGGAAUAGGGAAAAGGAAACCAUAAGAACUACGGCUCCGAGACCAGUCCCUGAAAUUUACCUUCGGAUUUGGGGAAAGUUCGGAAUUCGUACCGUGAAACACUACUAAAAUUGUCAGAGUAGAAAGAGGAAACCCGAUCGAAUCGCCUUCCGCCAAAAAUUCACGAGUCGUCGUUCUUUGGUUCUGCGAAUUCUUUGUUUGAUAUCCCGUCUUGUUCGAGUCCACGACCCUCCCGAUCCUGAUCUUAUUGUGGCGCGGGAUUCAAAAAUGGGUUUACUGGGGCAAAGGGCGGUCUCCAAUCCCUCGGCCGUGCUUUCAGCGCUGGUAAGCAAGAGGGACAAUCUCCAGGACGAACUCCGGGUCAUCGAGAGACAAAUCUAUGACCUAGAAACUACAUAUUUACAAGACUCAAAUCAGAAUGGAAGUGUGCUGAAAGGUUUUGAAGGUUUCUUGUCAUCAUCAAAGAGUACUGCUAACCUGAAGCGUUCCAGAAGGUUUCAGCCUGAAGACAGGCUAUUCUCCUUGUCAUCAAUUACCUCCCCAGUGGUUGAAGAACAUGUUGCUGGUCGGGAUGAGGGAAGGUCUGAAUAUGGUCCAGGUCGAUCACGGGGUGGAGGAACUCCUGCAAAUGGACAAGGAAAGCCAAAGAAGGGGGGAAGAACCCCUUUGAGAGAGGGGAAAAGGCUACGACCAUCAAUUGAACAGGAAUUGGAUGAUGAAGAAGACCUUGAUAUAGUUUGAGAUGGUUGUUAUGCUUGGUAAUAUAUAUAUAUAUAUAUAUAUAUAUAUAUAUAUAUAUAUAUAUAUAUAUAUAUAUAUGAGAGUUUUGUUUAUCAGUUCUAUCUGCUGUGCCAACUAUUCUGAUAUUGCAUAGAAAAUUUCAGGAGAAAGAGUUUUUUGUUUUUCGAAAGGCUCUUUCAGGCCUCUUAAUUUUGAUUUAUCGAGUGACUGACUAUACAUUUGAAUUUAUAGUGGUCGAUUCACCUAAUAUUUAUUGGCAUAGUUAUUUGAUCCCAAUUAG